ACCCACACACACUCACCCGCACCCACACCCCGCCCCAGCACCCACACCAUGGCCGCCUCCACCCUGUCCGUCUGCUCCAGCGACCUGAGCUACGGCGGCCGCGUCUGCCUGCCCGGCUCCGGCGACUCCUGCCCCGACCCCUCCUGGCAGGUGGACGACUGUCCCGAGAGCUACUGCGAGCCCCCCUGCUGCGCCCCGGCCUCCUGCCUGACCCUCCUCUGCACCCCUGCGAGCUGCGUGUCCAGCCCCUGCCCACCAGCCUGCCCCGGCUCCUGCCAGCCCUCGUGCGGCAGCUGCUCCCCCUGCCAGGAGGGCUGCGGUGUGUCUGUCUGCUGCAAGCCCGUGUGCUGCACCCCCGUCUGCUGCAAGCCCGUGUGCUGCACCCCUGUCUGCUGCAAGCCCGUCUGCUGCACCCCUGUCUGCUGCAAACCUGUGUGCUGUGAGUCCUCCCCCUGCUGCCAGCAGUCUAGCUGCCAGCCCUCCUGCUGCAGCUCUUCCCCCUGCCAGGAAGACAGCUGUGUGUCUGUCUGCUGCAAGCCCAUGUGCUGCACCCCUGUCUGCUGCACCCUUGUCUGCUGCAAGCGUGUCUGCUGUGAGGCCUCCCCCUGCUGCCAGCAGUCUAGCUGCCAGCCCUCCUGCUGCAGCUCCUCCCCCUGCCAGGAAGACAGCUGUGUGUCUGUCUGCUGCAAGCCCAUGUGCUGCACCCCUGUCUGCUGCAAGCCCGUGUGCUGCACCCCUGUCUGCUGCAAGCCCGUCUGCUGCACCCCCAUCUGUUGCAAGCCCGUCUGCUGCAAACCCAUCUGCUGCCAGGCCUCCCCCUGCUGCCAGCCCAGCCCCUGCAGACCCUCCUCCUGCGUGUCCCUCCUCUGCCGCCCCGUGUGCAGGCCCGCCUGCUGCGCCCCUCCCUCCCCCUGCAAGCCCAGCUGCCGCCCCCAGGCCUCCAGCAUGUCCCUGCUGUGCCACCCUGUGUGCUCCCCCUCCCAGCUGCUUUGGGUCUGUGUCUUGGGAACCCCCGUGACCGUGGACAGCACCCUCCUCUCAGGCCAGGAGGCGGUUCCCAUCACACUCAGGAGAGCCCUUCCCACGCCCACGGCCGUGUCCUCGCAGGCUGAAUUGCCAGCCCUCCCCGAGGGCGCCCGGGGCCCCCGCUGCCCGGCCCAUCCUCAGCCUCUGGGCCCCUCCAGGGACGCCCCUCGCCGGCCUGGUCCGGGGCUCCCGCCCACAGCGUCGGGGCCAGUCCCAGGCAGGGCGGCCACGGCCACGGCCCGGGCACCCCCGUCCCAGAAGCGGGCCCUGGGAGCCCGCAGGACGUGCCCUGAGCGGGGCGGACGGGAGGGGAGGGCCCAGCCGCCCCCGACCCAGCCCCGCACUGCGUCGGGGGCCCCGGGGUCCCGCUGUGACGCGCCAUCCUUCCUGCCACACGGCCCCUGCCUCUGGGAAGCUGUGCAGGAGCGUCAGGCCGUGCCGUGCUGUCACAUCAUCCUCGCGGGACCCUGUGACUCGGCCGCCCCGGGGUCCGGUCUUGCGGAUGGCCCCUGUGUGGCCAGGGGAUGGCAGGUCGCUGCGGAAAUUCAGGGAAACUCGGAAUCCGGCGGCGGGCAGACGGGCAGGCGGCCAGCCUUGCACCACGCCGUGACCACGGUGACCGGGGAGGGACAGCCGGCCCGAACCCCGGACAGCGCCCUCCCAGCCACACCCGCACCCACACACCCACCCGCACCCACACCCCGCCCCAGCACCCACACCAUGGCCGCCUCCACCCUGUCCGUCUGCUCCAGCGACCUGAGCUACGGCGGCCGCGUCUGCCUGCCCGGCUCCGGCGACUCCUGCCCCGACCCCUCCUGGCAGGUGGACGACUGUCCCGAGAGCUACUGCGAGCCCCCCUGCUGCGCCCCGGCCUCCUGCCUGACCCUCCUCUGCACCCCUGCGAGCUGCGUGUCCAGCCCCUGCCCACCAGCCUGCCCCGGCUCCUGCCAGCCCUCGUGCGGCAGCUGCUCCCCCUGCCAGGAGGGCUGCGGUGUGUCUGUCUGCUGCAAGCCCGUGUGCUGCACCCCUGUCUGCUGCAAGCCCGUGUGCUGCACCCCUGUCUGCUGCAAGCCCAUCUGCUGUGAGGCAUCCCCUUGCUCAGUCUCCCCCUGCUGCCAGCAGUCUAGCUGCCAGCCCUCCUGCUGCAGCUCCUCCCCCUGCCAGGAAGACAGCUGUGUGUCUGUCUGCUGCAAACCCGUCUGCUGCACCCCUGUCUGCUGCAAGCCCCUGUGCUGUGAGUCCUCCCCCUGCAGCCAGCAGUCUAGCUGCCAGCCCUCUUGCUGCAGCUCCUCCCCUUGCCAGGAGGACAGCUGUGUGUCUGUCUGCUGCAAGCCCGUCUGCUGCACCCCUGUCUGCUGCAAGCCCAUCUGCUGCCAGGCCUCCCCCUGCUGCCAGCCCAGCCCCUGCAGACCCUCCUCCUGCGUGUCCCUCCUCUGCCGCCCCGUGUGCAGGCCCGCCUGCUGCGCCACCCCCUCCCCCUGCCAGCCCAGCUGCCGCCCCCAGGCUUCCAGCGUGUCCCUGCUGUGCCGCCCCGUGUGCUCCCGCUGAUGGGGCACGUGCCCCCGGGGCACUGGGCUCAAGCCCCACCCAGGGACCGUGGGCCUCCCGGCCACCCCUCAGCCCAGCCCUCACCUAUGCUAGGUGGCUGCCACCACCCAGGAUGGGGUCCCCCCGGGUGUCCACUCUCCUGACCUGACCUUCACCUCCUCCCUCCUAAGAACGCUGACCCUAAGAUCCCCGGGGCUCCUGCUCCCAAGACACACCUCCACCUGACCUGGGUCACCUGCCUUCCCUCCCAGUUCCUCUGCUCGGGUCACCUGACCUCCUCUCCGACCUGUCCGCACC